AUCUCCGCCAUGUCAGAAACGACGGACAGAACACCUCUGCUCCCACAACCGGUACAGGUUCAGUAUCGUAGCUAUCCUAGCCAAUCAAAUAGUCAUUCUAUCUACCUUCGGGCGUGCCAUUCGUCUUGCCACUUCAUCAAUCAGAAAUUCCUCUUAUUUCUCCGUUUCGUUUUCGCCGCCUACCUCUCAGCCGUAUUCGGAGUGUCGCUCAAGUAUAAGCUCGAGACUGAAGACAAGCAUACUUUUUGGCAUCUCCUAUUCCAGUUCUCGACCGUCUCCUUCUGUAUACAAUAGGCAUGGCAUCUGCAGGUGACGCUCUGGACCGCUAUGCAUCUUAUUUCUCCGAAGGCAAUUGAAAUAGAUUCCGACGAAUGCAAGGGGCACAAGUUCAAGGCUUACUGUCUCCGCUUCCUGUCACCGCCGAAUAAAGCUACCUAUCCUAUCAGCCGGUAUUGUUUUAGCUUAUACUAUACGAUUGCUCAAAUCUUCCCCAUCAUGAAUACGCUGAUCUAUUGGGGCUGCCUCGUUCCCUCAGGACGUGGCGGUUUCAAAGCGCCGACGCUACCGCAUCACGAGACAGUCGGACACCAUCCAGAAGACAAGGGGCUCUUUGAACAAGACCCGAUCGAAAUAUUUAGUAUUAUCAACAUCUGGACUAUCACAACGGUUAUCGCAUUUACCGAAAUCUGCUUCCUCAAUAGCAUCCGCCGACAAACCCCUAUUAUAGGUCAUGCGGUCGGAGUCAUGUUCUGUAGCGGUGCGUAUCUCGCCUGGUCGGAGUUGGGCAAACUCGUCACAGGGCGCUCGGGGCUUUUCUUCCUGGACCCUGAUAUCAUAAAAAUCCCGGAAGCCAUCAUCGCAGCGUGUAUCGCUUUUGUCGCGAUAUCUCCAGGAAUUUUCACGUACAUGUACGGAUUAGUCGCCAUGCGCGAGACGAUCACAGCGGUGCGUAACGAUUCGUCUGGCUAAGUAAGGCAUUGCUCUCCAUUGGAUUGAGUAUGCUCCGAUUGCAUAGUUUACCAGAAUUAGACGAGAUUGGUAUUACUUUGUGUAAGAUGCUUGUAGAUGGCUAUCAGGGCCAGAGAUUAGGCGCCCUUUUGACUUACUCGAUGUUCACCUAUGAACCGCGUUUAGAGAGGCCAGAGUUUGGUUGUGAGAGUGAAGUCCGAAUAUACCUGGUACCUAAAGAUGUC